CUUAAAUUACCAUAAACAUGUACACAUCACCUAUACAACAGGAGGGGCAUUUCAUGUCUGGUCAAACCAGCCUACAGAUAAAACCAUCCUAUCAAACACAAAACUUGUGAUUAUAAUUCAUAGCAGAAAAUACCAGGAUUAAACAUAUUGGCGCGUUACCUUUUAUAAGCACCAAGAAUGUUGUUCUUGGGAUUUUUUAUAUUUCGUGAUGCCUCUGCUUCUUGCAUGUGUGGAUUAUAUGUACAAUUUCAAGAAUCUUGAAGAUUGUAGCUUUAGAGUGAAUCAAUGAUUAAUGAAGGUGUAAAAAAGAUGCAAUAUUGGUGCCGAGAGGGAAAACUCUGCGUGUGGAGCUAAAUGGAAAGAGCACAAAUUAACAAGAUUUUGGCUGAUAAGAAUGAAUCUGGUCAACUUGCUGCAAUGUAGGCUUUGGAUUCGAGGUUGGGGGCAGAGAGAAGGAAACAAAGAGAGAAUUAUAAGCUUAGCAAGAAGAUGAAAGGCUUGGAACCUGAUGCUAGAAGUUUAGCUGGGCUAAAGAAAACACUAGAAGAUAGCAACUUGACAAGACAUGUUAAUUUUGUGGAUAUACCAGACAACAGUGAGGUUGACCCUCAGAAGAACAACAAUAAUUCGACAUCACUGAUUAUUGAGGUUGCUUGUGUAGCUGAUGAACAAGAGGAAAACUUUCUUAAUGCAGCGGAAAAUACUGAAGAAAUUAAUACUGACGAUGGCUUAAGAUCUGCUAUAGUGAUUGAUCCUGGUUUGUCAUUUCCGGAACGACGUGAGGAGAGUCAGAAGACUGCAUGUUUGGAGAACACCAGAGGAAAUCUUGAAAUUGAACAGAUGGAGGCACCUGUGAGGGAGAUGGAAAAAGUGUUUGAUGGAGAUAUUGCAGCAGAGAUAGUUGAGCCUGGAGACUCAACAAAAGCUACUGAAAUUGCACCUUCUUUGAAAUUAGGAUCUUUAAAGAAGAAGAGAAAACCCAGAUAUUAUGAUUUCCCUGAUAGCAAUUUGCAAAUGUGUCAUAAAGAUGAUCACAUAGCAGAAGAGUGUACCAUGGUGAGAAGAAAGAAACCAUGCUACUUAUGUGGAGUUUUCGGGCACACUGGAAAGCGUUGCAGCCAGGGCCGUGAAUGCUUCAAAUGCGGAGGAAGAGGUCACCUUGCUAGAGAUUGCCUUGAAGAACCAUCUAGCAAUAAAAUUACAGAUUUUUGUUUGAAAUGUGGGGAUUCAGGACAUCAUAUGUUUGUAUGUCAAAAUAAAUAUUCUUCUGAAGAUCUCAAGCAGCAUAUACAGUGUUAUGUUUGCAAGGAUUUUGGUCACCUAUGUUGUGAUAGCUUUGAGUAUAAGGGUCAGACAGUAGCUUCUUGUUACUAUUGCGGGCAAAGUGGCCAUCUAGGUUCUGAAUGCAUGAGACAAGAAAAUUGCACCAGAUAUACAGUAGCUAAAAGUUUCUGCAAAUAUGAAGUAAAAGGCCAUUUUGCCGGAGAUAACAGAGAUUGUAACAAGGCUGGACAGUGUACCCUUAAAUCAACAACAGUUGAAACAUCUUUUUCAGACAAGGAGAUUCUUCCAAACUUCCCCCAUGAGCCUCUUAUUUCUGGUCAAGGUGUCCCGAGUAAUCAAGGAUAAAGGUGCUGUGGUUUAAUAGGGUAGACUGCUUUGCGAUUGUUGAAGAUUUGGAAACGUAACUGAACAGAGCCAUGGCAGCUAUUUAAAUUAUGACGGACUUGUAGCAAGUAGUAUAAAGGAAAAUGUAAGGGAGUAAAUCAAUGCAAUCAGUAUCAAAUUGUUGGUUAUGCUGUAGUUGUUUAAAGUUAAUCAGCUUGUGUUACAUACUGAAUUUGAAUUUAGCAACAGAAAAAAAAAGGCAAGAAGAGUAGAGAGUAGAUAAUUAUGCCGAACAUAUUUGUGUAUGCGGAUAGUCUUAGUCUUACGUUGCUGC